GCUAUGGCUGCCUUUUGCAGGAGAAGGCUCGCUAUUUUCACAGUCGACUUGCUACCAUGGCUGUAUCCGAGAUUGCUGGGGGUAUCAACAACCGUGAAGACAGUGACAGGUUGCAAGAGAUCGGUGUCGAGGACAUCGAGCGUGGCUCGCCAGGGUGCGAACGUGCUGGAGCUGUCAAAGCUUGAAAUCAGCUGA